AUGGAGCCAAUGGAGCGCGUGUUCUUGAGCUGCCAUCGCAUUGCGGUCGUUCUUCUCGCUCUCCAGGUAGCUGGUGUACUGGCGAUGCCGACAUCUAUGCCCACCUCGACGACGACACCACCACAAUGGUCCAGUAUAGUUGAAACGACGAGACUUUUCGUAUCUCUACGAAUCACUGGCGAUGCGACUACCGCCAUAAUUGCAGCAGGGGCUAUCAUUGGGCUAGCCGCCGCCUCGUUUGCUGUCUUCGGACUCGAUUGGAGGGACUACUACGAUCAAGGGCCAUUAGACCGGCCCAUCAUUGAAGAGUAUGAGGGCUUUCAGGUUUCAGACAAGCAUUUCGACGUAUAGAGGACCGUGGCUUCCGAAUGUUGAUCAACAAUCACUGCAUCCAGGGCCAGUCAGUCACAUAUGGGUCGGCCAUUUGGAACGCCGCAUCUA